UGGUGAGGUGUUCCGGGCACGUCCCACCGGGAGGAGGCCCAGGGGAAGACCCAGGACACGCUGGAGGGACUAAGUCUCUCGGCUGGCCUGGGAACGCCUUGGGAUUCCUUCUGAGGAGCUGGUCCAAGGGCAUCAAGAGCAAAUACAAAAAUGUUGAAGCAGUGAAGUAACAGUGAUAUAGAUUAAACUGUGUUCCAGCUGCAGGUACAAUACCGCUCAGUUGGAUUCAACAGAACCACAGCUGGAUUUGUCACUAUGGACCUGAGCACAAACACACACACUAGUAAAAACAUGCAAAGUAUACAAAAAAGAGAUGAGGCAUGGCUCUAUGUUCUAAAGUCCAAAAAAUGCUGCUAAAUAAAAAGUGUCUUAUUCUCAAAGCGUCUACUGAUGAGAUUGGAAAACAUCUGAUAAUCUUUUUGAUUCAAAUUAUAAUUACAAUAAGUAGGAUAGAAUAAAUGAACAUUUGCAAAUAAAACAAAUUCUUCCAACUAUGGGUCUGAAAAAGCAACAAAAAUAUGAAAUGGCGUCAGCAACAAGUGGCUCUGCCUUCCUCGAACACCCGCCUCCUUCCAGCCCACCUGAGUGCAUCGCCCCGUUCUCCGGUUAGAGGAACCAAGAUGAGCUCUUUGCAGGAGGUGAACCCGGUGGUCCUUGGGAUCAGAGAGCCUGUGGGCCUGCAGAGUCUGGCUGCAAGGAUUACUGGGCAGAUCGUUCAGGUUGAGCAGAAACCUUUUCAGACGGUGAUCGACGUCUGUUCAGGGGAUCCCCACAGGGCAGGGAUGCCCCCCCUCUCGUUUGCUCGCCAGGUCUUGGCAGCCUGUUUGUAUCCGGAGCUUCUUGAUGAAACCCGGUUUCCUUCAGAUGUUUGUCGGAGGGCCCAGAAGCUGUUGGGUGUCUGUAAUGGAGGCAGCGUUGGCGCGUACUCUUCCUCCUCCUGUGGGAUACCCGGAAUCCAGAAAGCUGUGGCUGAAUUCAUCACGAGGAGAGAUGGUGGAGUGGCCUCAGAUCCAGAGGACAUCAUCUUCUCCAGCGGUUCCCAGCGGACUUUGAUGCUGGUUCUGCACUUGCUGUCCAGUGGACAGGGGCCCACUCAGACAGGUGUGCUGACCCCCCUGCCGUGUCCACACACCCUACCCAUGCUGCUGGAUGAGGUCGGGGUCAAAAGGGUGCCGUACCGGCUGCUGGAAGAGCAAGGUUGGGGUUUGGACCUGGAAGAGCUGCACAGAGCCCUGGAGGCCGCUAGGGGGCACUGUGAGCCCAGAGCCAUUUACAUCAGUAACCCAGGAAACCCCACAGGUCAGGUACAAGACCUAGAAACUAUAGAAGGAGUGAUCCGUUUUGCUGCAUCAGAGGGGCUCGUUCUGUUAGUCGAAGAGGUCUACCAGGACUGUGUGUUCGGACAGGACGAAAAGUUUCUUUCCUACAAAAAGGUCCUGUCUGAGAUGGGAGCGUCCUACUCAGAAAGAGUGGAGAUGGUGUCGUUCCAUUCAAUAUCCGCAGGCACAAUGGGAGAGUGUGGUCUGAGAGGAGGCUACAUGGAGGUCAUCAACAUGGACCCGCUGGUCAAAAACCAUUUAAUGAGUAUGCAGGCUCCUUGCAGCCCUCCAGUUCUGCCCCAGUUGGCGCUGGAAAUCAUGGUUAACCCUCCUUCACCUGGAGAUGCUUCACAUGAAGUGUUUAAUCAGGAGAUUCUUCAGACAGUGGAAACUCUCUCCCAGAACGCUCAGCGAGCAUGUGAGUUUUUAAACAACGUACCGGGGAUGAGCUGCCAGCCGGCUAAGGGAGGGAUCUUCCUUUAUCCCCGUCUGAAUUUACCUGUUCAAAUCAUAAAGGAGGCUGAGAUGUCAGGAGUGCAGGCUGAUGUUCUGUACUGUCAGAAGUUCCUGGAAGAGGAAGGUGUCUGCUUGGGUCCAGGCUCUGAGAACGGACAGGAUGAUAAGAACUAUCACAUCAGACUUUGUGUUUUAGCUCCUCCUGCAGUCCUGGAGGACGUCCUGAAACGUCUUCGCUCUUUUCACCUUCGCAUUGAGGACAGACGUCACUGACAAAUAAAAAAUUCAAAGGAUACAAACUCAGAAGGAAAAUGCCAGAAACUAAAAACAGAUUAAAACGUUUUUUAAAUUUCAAACCUGAAAAACAGAGCAAAGAAUGUGAACAAAAAGUUUAAAUGGCAAUUCUGCCACUAUCAAAAAAUAAUCUAUGUAAACUGAAUUUGAGAAAAAAAACUUAGUAAAAUAAUUCACACAUUAUGCUGGCAUUGGGGAUAUAGAAAUUAUUGUAGUAAUCCUCACUUGACCUAAAACACAAAGAUUUUAGUCUGAUUGAAUGUCAGACAUUGAGAAGAAAAGAUUAUGCUCCAUUUUAUACAUUGUAUGUAAUUAUGUGGCUCCAACUAUACAUUUCUCUACUCUUUUGAUCACCUCUUCCCUAUUUUGCCAACUAAUGGUUAAAAGUUAUUUAUGUAAUCUAUUCAUAGUGUAAUGUACAUAAAUGUUAUGUGCCUCAAAUGAACAAAAUGUAACAGCAGAUGGUUACCGGUAUUUAUUGUGGAUUGACAUGAGUGAUGAGGGAUUUAAAUCAUAAUUUAAAAAACAUCUGUAAAAUAAAAUGUUGAGAAAAGUUGGAAAUUGACCCUUUAUUAAACCUAAUUUUAUAUAUACUAUUUACCACAAGUCAUCAAAAUACACCCUUACAGUGACACAUUUUACUCUGAAAUAUCAAAAUUAUUUUUGUAAGUAUAUAUUUGACAUAAAACCCUGUUUUAUGUUGUUGUUGCAACAACACGUGAUGCCAUUCACCUUUACCUCUUCUGAGUUUUUCUUUUUUGUUUUUUACUAGAUGUCUAAAACAGUCAGAAGGAGGAUUAUUGAGCUAAAACACCUUUAGUGCUGUCCUCUGCACCCCAGUUGUCCUACGUCUUGCAGAGUGUCCAUCUGUCCUUAUGUUUUUCUAGAAGAUAUGUGUUUUUUUUUUUGUGUUUUUUUUGCUGCCGUUGUUGACACCAAAUCAGCAUUCAAUCUCUGCUCCUGUGCACAUGCAAGCAGAAACACUCACAACUGCUUGCUGCCAUUCCUGAGCAAGCUCUGCACUGGUGGCAACCCAAAACCGUAAAUAAAACCUUUUUGGACGACACUACAA